AGAGCUGAAGAAAUGAGUGCAAGUAUUCCCUCGAUGGAGCUUCCCAGCUGUGAAGUCCAGAGACUUGAAGAGAUAGCAGACCUGGUGAGCUCUGUUGGCCACUCACGUGUUGAAAAGCGAAUGCUAGCCUGGGCCUUGAAAGAGGAAGGCUAUAUUCCCAAACUGCUGCAGCUUUUCCAAGUCUGUGAGAAUGGAAAGGACACCGACAGCUUGCAUCUUCUGUUUGAUAUUGUGAGAAGAAUGUUGUACCUGGAUGAAGAAGUUGUGUUUGAGGUGAUGUUUUCUGACGAAUGCAUUCUGGAUGUUGCUGGAUGCCUUGAAUAUGAUCCGUCUUUGGCUCAACCAGAAAGCCACAGGGAGUUCUUGAUGAAAACAGACAAACGUCAGGAAAUUAUUCCAACAAGAGACCCUGAAAUCAGGAAGAAAAUCCGUCAGACAUCCAGGGCAGAGUACAUUCGUUCCAUCAUCUUGCGGAACCCACCAAAGUCGCAGAGAGGUUCUCUUUCUACCCUCACUGCAUUCAUCAGACGCAGCAAAAAGGAGAUUUUAAAAAUGUUGCAGAGAGAUGAGGCGUUUUUGUCUGAAAUUUUUGCCCAGUUGAAAGAUGAAGCUACAGCUGAUGAGCAACGACUGCAAUUGGUGAAGCUUUUCCGGGAAUUCUGCGCCUUUUCUCUCACAUUCCCUAGGAAGAGACGUGCAUUUCUCAACACUUUGGCAAGGUUUGAAUUUCUUCCAACUCUCAAAAGGUUAAUGGGAAUGAAUGAUCUGCAAGUUAGAUCUAUUGCUACAGAUAUAUUGUCUUAUGUAGUAUACUUUCAUCCAUCCAUGGUCCUCAACUUUGUACUGCAAGAGGCCCAUGAGAGUGACAAGAACGACCAGCUCCUCACUGUGAUCAUUGAGCAGCUGAUCAACAAUUCCGACCCUGGACUUGGAGGAAAUAAUCAGCUCAAGGAGAUUUUGUAUACUCUGAUUGAUCCACGGAAUAUGCGCUACAAAGCUAAUAUAUCAGAAGUAUUUGGAUUUAUCAAUUUCUUCUACGACCAUUGCAUUCACAUUCUUACCGCACCACUUCUGGCUGAUACAUCAGAAAAUUCCUAUGACGAAGAUGAUUAUCGAGCAGCAGAAAGACUUGCUUUAAUUUUGGAGGUGCUUUCUUUUUGUGUGGAACGGUACAAGUAUCAAAUGGUGAAGUAUGUUACAAGUGAAGAUCUGCUAAGAAGAGUCCUGGUAUUGUUGAAAUCCAAGCACCAAUUUCUGGCCUUGGCUGCUCUUCGCUUUAUGAGGAGGAUGAUUGGCCUGAAGGACAAACUUUGCAACCGCUACAUCAUCCAACGUAACCUCUUUGAGCCGGUUGUGAAUGCUCUGCUGGACAAUGGGGAUAGGUCCAACUUGUUCAACUCUGCCUUGCAGGAGCUGUUUGAUUUCAUCCUGAUGGAAGACAUCCAGUCCCUUAUUGAACAUCUAGUUGAGAACUUCUCUGCUAAGCUGGAAACUAUCCUCUAUGUUCCCACCUUCCAGGCAAUGAUGGCAAAAUAUGAGCUAGAAAAGAGUCGGCAAAACAAGACAUUGAACAGUGUCCCCUCCGUGUUGCCUGGCAAGGCAUUUGUCCGAGAUGAAAGAGUCUCUGAGGCGGAAGAAAAACCGCAGGGCGGUGAAGUUGAAGAGGAGGCAGCUCCGACACAAAGCUCCGGUGUCCCCAGUACAACAUCCACGCCCCUGGCCAGAGUGAUGUCACCUGUCAAGAGAGGCCUAUUUGAAAUCUUUAGUUUUCCUGAUGAGAGUGAUGAGGAUGAUGAGAAAGAGGCACCUCCAAGGAAAAGAGCUCGUGUGGAUUCCUAAAGGAAACGGAAACUUUGGAAUAAGAACUUUUAUGUUGGGGUUGCAGUGCUGUGAGUGUUUAACGUUGAAGUAUGGAACCAGCUGCAAUCCACCAUGCAGAUCACUCUUGAUGAGAUGUUAUUAUAUAAUAAUAAUGUAGGAG